AACUCCUACGGAAAUGGCAAAGCGCUAAGGAUUAAUUGUUUCAAAAGCUAUGGAGAAUACUACUACUUCGGAGGAAAAGUCUUUUCUUGGAAAUACAAUUAUUAUGGAAGAGAGAUCAAUGAAAUCUAAUGGUAAAGAAGAGAGUACUUCAAUGGAGAUUAACAAGGAAGAACGAGGCAAGCAUAUUGAAGAAGAGGAGAACAGUUCGAUGCCUUUUUCUGCUAAUGGAAAUUCUCUAAGAAUUACAAAACAGGUACCUUUGACAAUGGAGAAAAAUACAGUAGACUUGCUUUCAAGACGAAAGAAUCAAGAGGAUCAGUUAAAAUUAGCUGAAGCUGAAAUGGGAGUGGUUAAAGAAGAAAAUGAAAGGCUAAAGAUGUUAUUAGAACGAACUGUAAAGGAGUACCAGUCUCUACAAAUGCAAUUCUUCGACAUUCUUCAGCAAGAAAACAAGUCUAAGGAUACAGUUCCUAGCCAUCAGCAGGCAAAAAAAGAACCUGAACUUGUCUCUCUUAGCCUUGGGAUAACCUCUACCGAGCCUAAAAAGGAGGAUAAAAAGAAUAACAAUUUUAGUAAUGGCCAAGAGGAGGAGAAAUUGAAUGGAGCACUUUCUCUGGGGUUGCAGGACUACAGAUUUGAGCCAAGCUCAACUGAACAUGUGAGGAAUAAUUCAUGCUCAAACAAUAGCUUUGAAGAACAAAAGGAAGAGGAGCCCACUGAAAUUUGGCCACCAAGUAAAAUUCUAAAGACUAUGAAAAGCGGAGAUGAAGAAGUUUCACAACAAAGUCAAGUAAAGAAAACUAGGGUUUCUAUCAGAGCUAGAUGCGACACCCCAACAAUGAAUGAUGGAUGUCAAUGGAGAAAAUAUGGACAAAAAAUAGCGAAAGGAAAUCCAUGCCCUAGGGCAUACUACCGUUGCACAGUCUCACCAUCUUGCCCUGUGAGAAAACAGGUGCAAAGGUGUUUUAAUGACAUGUCUAUCUUGAUCACCACCUAUGAAGGAAAACACAACCACCCACUGCCAGUAUCAGCCACGGCCAUGGCGUCCACCACUUCUGCUGCCGUUUCCAUGCUUCAAUCUCAAUCAUCCACAAGCUUACAAGGAGGCCUCAACACCUCAGCUAGUGUACCCAUUUCUACCUCUACUAACCCCCAUGGAUUCAAUUUCACUCUAUCCCAAAAUCCGAGUCCACAACAACUCUAUGGUCUUCCCAACUCUUCAAUCUCAACUUUAAAUUCACACCCAACAAUCACUCUUGACCUCACUACUAAUGCACCAUCCAGGCUUUCCUCUAGUUUCUCAUCUGCACCAAGAUAUCCCUCAACAAGCAGUCUCAACUUUUCCUCAUCAUUUUUCCCUUCUUUAGAGCCUAAUAACACUUUUCAAACACAAUGGAAUAAUGGUCCUACUAACUACAACAAUCAUGGGACUGUACCGGCUUACAAUAAAAACCCUAUUGGCAAUUUGAACAGUAUUGAAAAGCAACCAUUUCAAGAACAAUUGUACCAACCAUACAUGAAAGAAUCCAUAGUAGCUGCAACUAAAGCAAUUGCAUCAAACCCGAAAUUUCAAUCAGUAUUAGCCGCAGCACUCACAUCAUAUGUUGGCACUAGUGGUGGUGGUGUGAAAGAAAAUCAGGAUGCAUGUGAAAGCUCAAGCAUGAAGUUGAAGUGGGGUGAGUCUCAUACAAUGAAUCCUAUCUACUCGUCUAGCCAGAAUGGCAUAGGAUGUGGUUCAAGUUACUUGAACAAAUCUUCAUCUUUCAAUUCUCCAAAACAAGGCGGCUUGGCUUUGUUUCCACCUAAUUUAUUGCAACUUUCUGCAUCUAAUAAUUGUGCUUCUGCGGCUCCCCCUGACAAUAGGGACCAUUUCAAGUUGUGAGGGUUUAAGGUUUGGUGUGUUUUUCAUCAUUUUUAGCUACUUGUGAAGUGAGCUAGUUUUUCUUUUUUCUUUUUUUUUUUGGUUGUUGUUGUUGUUGAUAAUUUGAUAGUUGGAGAAGGGGUGCUAACCAGUUGACUCUUGGCAAAGAAGGCUAGUUUGUUAUGAAAGUUUCCUAAACCUUUAAUUAAUUUGGGCUAGGAUGUUAUGAUGGUUUUGUAAAGGUGUCAUUUGUUUUCUUCCACCAAUAACUUGUACAUUUCAUUUGUACACAUUUUUUUUUUUUGAUGAACAAUCAUUUGUACACAUUUAUAGGUUAAAUUAUUAAUUUGAUCCAUUAACUCUCUUGGGUAAAGUUUAA